UUAAAAAAAAAAAACAAUUGCUUGGAUAACAGACAAGUGCACGCCCCGAGAUAAUCUCUGGUGAAAUAUUUUCAAUCGAUCACGGCGAGUCAGGCGAGUGGAGCGAGUCGAGCAAGUCGAGCGAGUGAAGCGAGCGAAGCGAGUCGUCGAGUUGCACGAAAAAACGCGACGUUACCAACGAGUGGAAUCCACCGAAACUCUUAACGUCUGUUCCCACGCAAAAUGUUGAUUUUGCUGAGCUUACAGAUAAUGAGCGAAUAUUAAAUGUCUUGUUAAGAAAAAAAAAAAAAGAACAAAAACAAGAGAAUAGAAAACGUCUCAAGAGAAAUCGAAUCCCUUCAAACCCACCACUUCUCCCUUUCUUCUUCGCUUUUCCUUCGAUUCGACAAGAAUAGCAUUAAAAUAGAAGCGAAGGACAUCACCUUUACGAGUCUUUUCCUGUAUAUGGUUCUUUGCCUUUGUCGGCUUAUAUUGACGCAAUGUUCCAUUAAAAUUUAACGAUCUAACGACGAAAAAGUAAAAUCAUCUGGAAUUGCAAAAGAAUGUUCACGGAGAUAAACAAGAAAAAUAAAGAUUACGAAAACCUAUCGAAUAAUAAUAAUAAUCGGAGAGGCAAAGAAAGAUAAAUUUUCGUUGUCGAACGAACGGUUGCUCGAGAUUAACAUUGGCCGCGCGAUCGUUCUUUCGUUACCUCCGUUUCGCAUUUUAAUCGAACUGUCUCAGGAUAACCAGCGAGAAGAUUGCUACAAGGAAUCUCGAAGACGAGUGGGAACACGUUUGGAAAAGUCAGAUGUAAAUCACGAAAGAUAAAUCCGUCGGGUCAUGGAAAGUACGCGCAUGAAUAUCGACUAUCGUACGAUAACGUACACGAAUUACGUGAUAGCGUGGAUGUGCGCGCGUAUAACUUCUUUCCAAGCGACAAAGUCCUUUCUCUCUUUUUCUCUCUCUUCCCUAUCGCGAGGAGGAACAAGCCGUUCGAAUUAUGAAAUCGUUACGUCGCGUAAACGAUUGGUGCAGAAUCGCGCAGCCGCCGAACACGAAUAUCCCAUCGGGAUGUUAUCGGAGGUUAUGUAUCGGCCAAAACUUGGGAUACUCACUUUCGAACAAGGUAACAGCGUUCACGAUCGAAUCCUGGCUGUUUGCCAACGAUCGACUAUGAAAGGACAAUGACCCUUCCUCCGCAUCAUUCGCGUUGUCAUUUAUCCGAGCUGGAAGAACGAAAUCGAAGUGGUAAAAGUGUUAUUUUCAAUAGACUAAGGUAAAGAUCGAAUAGUGAAAAGAAGAUUCAGGUUAGAUCAGACGAUCUUUGAAUCCGGCUUGAAUCUGAACAACGAUCGAAAUCGGUCGUGAACGGAACGAAAGGGAUCGUUAAUCGAAUCGUCGGCUACUGGGUGCUCGGAAUGCUAUGGGUUGGUACGAAAGGACGGAAUAAAAGGGACAGCACAUUGAAACAAAACGAAUUUCAGGAAUCGAGAAAUGAACGAAUGAAUUAAUUGACAAAUUAAGAAGAUCUAAACUACGAAUAUGAUAAGUAAUUAUACAUAGGAUAAAUAGAAGGGAAUGUCUCAAUUUGGAAAAUUCGCUGCAACUGAGGAAAUCAUAUCACGAGGAAAAGAUAGAGCUUGUAACAGUGCCAAAUAAUAGGAGGCAGCAGGAAGAAAGAAAUAAGAAUAGAACGAUCGGCGACGAACACGAUCCCUGCGAUCCCCUACGACAAUCAAUGGUCUCAGAGAGGGGAAAAAAACAUCGUCCUUGCAUAGAGCUAGUGUCGGAUAUAUAAAAGCUGCCAGAGCGAAGGAGCGCAGAUGUAAGUGGUUUCUGAAAUCCACCGAGAUCGUCGCGAGUGCUACGGGGGAUGCCAUUUAAAGUGUCAUCAAGUGUAAUUGAUCUAUAGUGACGAUGACCACUCGAAAAAUUGUGCCCCGAACGCUGAUUCUCUGGCUAGUGAUCCUCGGCACGUGGCGUUGUAUCGGUGAAAAAUUAUCACCCGACCAGAAGGCACCUUUGUUUGCUCGUGGCUCUGGUGGGCUGAUCCUGAAUACACCAUUUGAGGACAAUAAAGCCAAGAAUCGUCCGAUUUCGAACGUAAAUUCACCAGUGGACAACGUAGAAAAAGAAGAGUCAGAAAUGCUGAAAUUGGUGGACGGUGAGCUAGUGCGAACUGUAAAAGGAAGCUUCUCUUAUAAAAGUCCUGAAGGUCUCCCCAUCUCUGUAAAGUAUGAGGCUGAUGAAAAUGGAAAUAAAGCCAGUUUCAAGUUUGGUACCGGUGAUGCAAAUAAUGGUGGUUUAUCUUCCUCCAAUCGCUCUCCUGGAUCAAGAGAUCAAAAUAGUCGAGGUGGUAGUCAAACUACUCAAGGAUCUAAGGGUCCUAAAGGUAGUUCGUACCUACCACCGAAAGACGUUGAUAGAAGUUACCUACCGCCACAAUAGAACCUUCUCCCUACUUCUUUCAAAUUAUACUCAACGAAUCGUCGAUUCCCUUCGAAUUACUUUGGAAAAUAAGUUUUUCGCUGACCUUAUAAAUCAAAAGGAACGCUCUCCUGUAAUUCUUCAAGAUUAUUUUCACUUGUAACAAAAAUACUGUCAUGUUGUCGACGUUGCAUAUUGUCUUUCUUAACUAUUUUUACAUAACUUGCCAAUCAACACAACACAAAU